UGACGCGACAUGGCAAAAUUCAAGAUGGCAUCUAGUCUUAUGUGUUGUAGCGUUAAUGCACAUUCAGUAAAUUACCUGUUGUGAUCGUGGUGCAGCGACGCUGAACUUCUUUUGGGUGUGUAGACAAUCAGUGUCAAGGGUAGUUUCACUGAAAAUUGAUGUGUAGUCUACCAUAACGGACACGGGUGAAAUAGUCUAUCUCUUACAACGGAACAUUUCAGAGUCGUAGUUAUGUCAGACUAACUCUCAGGCGUGGCGCCUCCGGCAAGGAAUUGUUGUGGGAUCAUGGAGAGUGACUGCCGGAUCCCGACGUCGUGCUGCAGGCCCAGGAUUCUGGUCCUCCACGCGCUUUUCUGGGGCCUUGUGUCUCUCAGGGUAUUUGGGGCCUCGUUACUCUCAAUGGAUGACAAGACAACAGUAACAAGGCCUGUCACCACUCCUUGCUGGCAAAUGGAAGAAUUUGUGGUGGCCUCAGAGUGCUCAGAAUGCAGUGCCUUUCACGCGAAGACAUGGGCAGUGUGCAGUCUGACGGGAUACAUAGAGCGGAUCAAUUGUACCAAGUCCAACAAAGAGGACUACAAGAGCUGUCGCUCCACCCUCAUGGAGGAGCAUCUCUUCUGGAAGUUUGAAGGAGCCAUGUUGGGCCUCAGUGUUGUCUUCGCCCUUGUGGUGGUUGUCAGGCAACGGGCCCUGGACCGCUUGGCGUCAGAGAAGGUCCGCCGGCAGAUUGAGUCGAUCUAGCACCUGGACCGGAGCCACACCUUCCUUCCCCGGCUCAACAAUAGAGCCCACUCUUUCCAGACCCAGACUGUGCUGAAUAAUUAAAUGAGAUUGAGACACAAGAGGCCAAGUCAUCCCCCCCAAACAAAAACUGACUUGUCUGACCUGGACUGAUCCUCACUGACUCAGCUCGUCUGCCUACAGGCUCAUAUUGAGCAUGAUUUGGACCUGAAUGCUCUUUUAUUGCGUCGGAACUGAACUCAGGUCAGACCAGACAGACAAACAAACAAACUCUCCAAACGGUCAGAAGCUUGUUAUUCACCUAUCCAUCCUGGACAUAUCAAAACAUAUCAAGACAAACUGCAAAGCCCUUUUGUUGUUUUUAUGCAAUCUGUGCUCAACCAGUAGUAUUGACCUCAUUAAUUAGACAUUACUGGUACAGUGAACUUAAGAUAACCAAGGGCAUGACUUAACUGUAAGGACACUGUUCAUUGAAGUGACUUAUUUUAUUCACCUGUGAAUGUGAUCCACUGAGAUCAUGGUGAAAGAAGUGGACCUCCAACUACAAGCAACCAAUACCGUGGACUUUUCAAAGCACAGUAGGCAUAUUGGAUGUUCUCACUAAGUGGACACAGUAUUUUGAAUCAUGUGGACUGCUGGGGGGGGUGGGGGGUGGGGGUGUCUUAAAGAGAUGAGAAUUUUAAAAUAUAAGUUAAGUACAAAAAUAGGGUAACGUAUAAUAAAUAUGAACAAGAGUCUGGUUCAGGUGAAAAAGUGUUGCCCACCUCUCUUCAGAUGAGCCUUAUUAUUUUUCCUCUGGUGUCUUGUGUGCUAUAUUUAGUCUCGCCGCUUGCAGUGUGAUUCAUCUUAAGUAGCAUGAAUGUAGCCUUAAGGCAUGAUAUAGCAGGUCCAAUCUGGAAUCACUUGUUUGUGGACUUGUGAACUUUUACAUUUAUGCUAUUUACAUGGAACCACUGUGCUGUCUUUUACAUCCUCACCAGGUGUUUGCAUUUGGUGGUUCUGCAGCCACAGUCUUGAUUGAAAAGUAAUUUGGACAAGUAGAUGGUAUUAUUAUUAUUAUUAUUGUCCUCUUUUGAUAAUGAUUUUGAUAUUCAUGAAUUAGGCAAUAUCUGCAUGCAGUGGACUCUGUGAUUAUAAAGUAGUGUUUUUAAGAAAAAUAAGUAUUUUAAGUAUUAAGAAUAUCAUGCAGAGAUUUUAUUUUUAUUUUCCUGCUCCAGCCUCAGGGUACGCUGUGUUAAGGCUGUUGGUUGUGAACACUCACCGGCUGUGUGGUAACUUAACGGACAGAUUUAAACAUAGUCAUCUUCACGUAUGUAGUUAAGGUGACUUUGCCAGAGGGUGAAAUAACAUCCCUUAAAAGACAGUGGGAAAAAAAAAAGCUCUCAGGAGAUGUGACUCAGAUCGUAGAACAUGACGACAAACCUGUCAUCCAGGUGUAAUCAACCUAAAAGAAUCGUUUUAAUCUGUUCUUUCAGAACUCGGGUGUCCUGAGUGGCCUCUUUUUUUUUUUUUUUUUCAGGGUUUAUUUUUCCGUGUUUCAAGGUUAUGCACAUGGGCUUUUUUUCCGAAAGGAAUCAUUUUUUCUUUUUUUUUAAAGGUGGUCCUUGUGAUUAUCAAACUGAAGCACAUUUCCUGUCACUUUACUUAAAUUGGUCAAUGAAAUUCAGGUUUCACCAGUCCAACCAUACCAAAGGGUGGCAACUAAAGUUGUUCCGUGUUCAUUAACCUUGAAUUGUUUUUGCUCUAAAGACUUUGGGAGAGCAUGCGUGCAAGAGGGUUGUGCAUUUGCAUAUGUGUGUGUGUGUGUGUGUGAGGGAGAGGGAGGGAGGGGACCCGGGAGGAUGUUACAUCACGUUCAUACCACCUGAGACUGCUCUGUUUUAACCACAGCUAAAAAUCCAAAAGGAUGUAGAAGACAUAAUAUACUCCGUAACCGCAUUGGACAAACAGUUUUACUAAUGAACAACUCUGCCCCCUUGACUGUAAAUACUGUAUUUUUAUCAGAUGUAACAUAUGUUUCCUAUUGUCUGCAGCGGACAGAGGCUCUAUGCUGUAAUAAAAAGAAUGGGACAAA